CCGAUAGCUUGUCAUCAGUAAAAUUUUGCUCCUCAACAGUAAAACAACUACCAAACAAUCAAAAUGUUCAAAUACUUCGCUCUCGUUUUCGUCGCGCUCUUCGCCUUCGCCGCUGCCGAACCUAAGCCCGCUGUGGUAGCAGCACCAUUGGCCUACUCAGCUUACUCAGCCCCAUUGGUCGCCUCCCCCUACUCCGCUGCCUAUGCUGCCCCAUACGCCGCUUACGCCGCCGCUCCCUAUGCCGCCUACGCUUCACCCUACGCCGCCUACUCCGCUUACCCAUACAGCGCCGCCUAUGUGCUCCGCAAGUAAACGGAAUGUAGCGGUUGACCUGUGAUAACAUCGAAUUGGAUUUGAUUGGCAAUGAA